AUGGCCUGCAGCUUAGGCAUGGUGAUGAGUGCCUUGUUUUGGUCUGUAGCCAUCGUUUAUUUGACUCUUAUUGGCCGAGCCAGUGGAGACUGCUGGUUAAUCGAGGGUGAGAAGGGCUUUGUAUGGCUUGCAAUUUGUAGCCAAAACCAACCACCUUAUGAGGCCAUCCCACAGCAUAUCAACAGCACCAUUGUGGACCUUCGUCUGAAUGAGAACAAGAUCAAAAGUAUCCAGUAUUCUGCUCUCAGUCGCUUUGCCAACUUGACGUACCUGAACCUGACCAAGAAUGAAAUCUCUUACAUAGAGGACGGAGCCUUUUCUGCUCAGUUCAACUUACAAGUCCUUCAAAUGGGCUUCAACAAGCUGCGGAAUCUGACAGAGGGGAUCCUCCGGGGUUUGGGAAAGCUGCAGUACCUCUACCUCCAGGCAAACCUGAUUGAGACUCGUCAACAAGACGAGAAGCACAAAAAAUCAGGCAGUCUGAAGAAGAAUAUAAUGGAACUGAAAUAUGGUCAAGAACUGGAAGGUGGGACUAUGUCUCGGAUGUCACAGAAGCAGUUGCUGGCUGGGGAGAGCAUGGCACGUAUGCCAUACUUACCAUCUGCCAGUGAGAUGGACCAGUACAAAUUUCAGGAGAUAAGUGAUACUCCUAAAAUGAUUAAGGGAAAUUAUAUGGACGUGCGAAGUAUGGACCAUCAUGAGCGCAGGGAGUGUGACAUGGGAAUGCCUGGAAAUAGUCAGGGUUCUGUGGCAGAGAUUUCCACCAUUGCAAAAGAGGUGGACAAAGUAAAUCAAAUAAUUAACAACUGCAUAGAUGCUUUAAAGACAGAAUCCACCUCUUUUCAAGGGGUUAAAUCGGGAGCAGUCUCCACUGCAGAACCCCAGCUUGUACUAAUAUCAGAGCACCCACAGAAUAAAUCUUCCCUUCUGUCUCCAGUGUAUAAGGACAGCUACCACCACUCUUUGCAGAGGCAUCGGAGCACUGAUGUCUCACCAAAGAGGCCCAGCACUGCCACAGGAGGACCCAUGCGAAGCCCCAGGCCUUAUCGCUCAGAAUCCAAAUACAUAGAGAAAACUUCCCCCACUGGAGAGACCAUCCUCACUGUAACGCCCGCUGCCGCCAUCCUUAGGGCCGAGGCAGAAAAGAUCCGUCAGUAUAGUGACCACCGGCACUCAUAUCCCGACCCUCAAAUAGAGGAACUGGAAGGACCUGAAAGCCACAAGCUGUUGGAGCCUCUCACCCAUUCCCGCUCCAGAGACUUAGCAUAUUCCCAAAUACCAUCUCAAUAUCACAAUCUAAGCUAUUCCUCCAGUCCUGAGUACUACUGUAAGCCUUCACAUAGUAUCUGGGAGCGAUUCAAACUCCACCGGAAGCGGCAUAAAGAUGAGGAGUACAUGGCCGCCGGCCACGCCCUACGUAAAAAAGUCCAAUUUGCAAAGGAUGAGGACCUGCAUGAUAUUUUAGACUACUGGAAAGGUGUUUCAGCCCAGAAUAAAUCAUAA